GAACCUUCUCUAUAUUAUACGUUCUCUGAACCUUCUCUAUAAUAUACGUUAUCUGCCAGAAGUUGCUUUGGUUUACAGAGUUUCUUUAAAACGGUAAAAAAAAAAAAAAAAAAUUAUAAUGGAGAAAAAAAUAACUUCAUUAAAGUGAUUAGAGUGAUAGUUUGCGUUAGAUAUUUUAAAUAAAGUUCGGAAUUUAAUAUAUUUAUAAUUGUGAGACUUGAUCAAUUAAAAUGAGCGAAUCUGAUUCCGAUGUAGUUUGAUCAUAGCUGGUAAAAAUUUCUUCUUACGGUCUUCAAUAUGUCAUGGCAUUUUGUUGAUAAGCCAAAACCUGGUACUGAAACCGCUUUGGAAGCCUGUGAUUAUUUUGUGGAUGAAGUCAUUGAAUUUUCACAUUCCUUAGAUGCACGAGAGCAAGUUCGAAUGAUAAAGCAUCGCGAAUUACGUAAUGCGGUGAUAAAUGGCGAUGAACGUACUGUUUGUGUUCUUUUGGAAGCGUUAGGUUCUGAAAGAGAAGUUGUUACGAAUAUGGCGCCGGCUGGAGCAAACACGUUGCUUUAUCUUGCUUCACAAGCUGGAUAUGAGGGUAUCACUAAUCGUCUUUUAGAUGCUGGAGCUGACGGUCGCUCACAUGCUGUUACCAAAUACUCGCCACUUUAUGUUGCUGUACAUCAUGGAUAUUAUAAUAUUGCAAAAUUAAUGUUGGAACGAUUCCCGGAAUUGAUAAAGCAACCUACAGUGGAGCGUUGGCUGCCAAUACAUGCCGCCUGCAUUAACGGCCAUAUUCCUUUACUUGAGUUGCUAAUCGGAUUUAAAUAUCCACAAAAUUUGUACAGUACUUAUCGCGAUGUAGAAGGCCAAUGGGAGUGGCGUUUACCUUUUGAUCCUAAUGCCCAAGAUGUAACUGGCCAGACAAGCCUUUAUAUUGCCAGCAUACUAGGCAACAAGUCAUUGGUAAAUUUGUUACUUAAAUGGCGAGUGAAAUGUCAGAAAACAGUUGCAAUUGAAGUUGAUGGAAACGGAAAAGAUGCAACACGAAAUUCUAGUAGCAGUAGUACUCCUAUUACGCCUACUCGCAAGCGGAUUUCAUUUGGUAUCCAAGCAAUUAUGUUAAAGUUAAAUAUUACUGGAGAGGAUGAUAAUCGAGUUGAUGAGGAGAAGGAAUCUGAAAUAUGUCCAAUUAAUUUAAAUUUACUUUGCGGAGCAGCACGUGAAACCGCACUUUUAGCAGCAGUGCGGGGUGGUUUUAUUGAUGUUGCCAAACUGUUACUGGAACAUGGGGCCAAUCCCAAUAUUAUAGCUAAACCAGUUGAGGAUCAAAAUGACCCAAAGUGCAUUGAGGAAAUAUAUGGGCUGAGUAAUAUUCCAAUUACAGAGGCGUGCAAACAGCAUUCUCUCCCGAUGCUUGAAUUGCUCUUAAAAUAUGGAGCUCGCGAUGCAAAUGGCACGGCGCUAAGUGUGGCUAUCUCAUCGGAGGAUGAAGUAAUAUUGAAUAGUUUGCUUGCCCAACGUGUACAUCCUGAUUCAGAUUAUAAAAUUCACAAAAAGGGGCUCCCUGAACCUAUUGAUGUGAAUGCUUUUCUGCCUUCAGCGGCAAACAUCUCCUACAGCGCAAUGUUUCCUAAUGUUCCAACAAUUAUAGAUUGGCACAAUAAUACAAAUGUUCAUUUGUCAUUUGUGCGUAUUAAUUGGCUGGUUAAUGGCGUUCUAAAAUUGAAUCCCAAGCUUCAAGGACAUCCAAUGGUAAAUGAAAUUACAUUGACUGCCAUAACGCGCAUAGACUUUUCUCAUAACAGUCUGUCCAAUAUUCCCAUGGAAAUUUUUAAAUUAGUUAGCUUGAAAUAUUUAAAUAUUGCUCAGAAUAAAAUUUCCAGUUUACCUUCGACUGAGCAAUCACUUAAUACCGCUAAAUAUUCCUACAAUUGUCCUGUACUUGAGGAGCUCUUCAUGCAAGAUAAUCGAUUAGUAACAAUACCUACCGAAAUAUUCCACUUGCCAUCACUUACGAUUUUAGAUAUUUCAAAUAACAAGCUACAAGAAAUGCCAUUUGAUAUGUGGAAAGCGCCAAAGUUGCGAGAAUUGAAUAUAGCUUUUAAUUUGCUCAGGGAUUUGCCUGUGCCUCCAAUGCAGCAGGCUCUAAAAUCUCAUCUCAGCUUAGAAAAGUUGCAAACAGAUUCAUUUCUUAGUGCUGAUCCUACAAAUGCUUAUAAUUCUAAUAAACAACGACAACUAGAUUUUCAUCAACUUAUACAUCGUAACAUUUGGGCUAAUUCGUUAGAAAUAACUGAUAAUGAAAUGAAGUGGAAUAAAUCCAAGCAGGAGGAGGGAUUUUCAAAGUUAAAUAGCUUAAAUAUAGCUAACAAUCUUUUUACCAGCAUACCAGUAGCACUACCCUGUUUGGCGGCCAAUUUAACUCGACUUAAUAUGUCAUAUAACAGCUUGAGAUCAAUGGGUCAUGUUACAAGCUAUCCAUCAACUCUUAAACAAUUGGAUUUAAGUCAUAAUGAAAUUUCUUGUUGGCCAAGUUUACCACGAAUCACCAAUGAUUCCGAUCCGCAUUUGUUAUGUUAUAGUUUUAUAGAUCAACCUAUUACGGGAUCCGCUGAUGAUUCGAAUGCAUAUGUUAAACCAGUACUUAGUGGUAAAACUACCACGUUUCGUAGUACAGUACUUAAAAGUGUUUGUCAACAUCGCCGCCAUUUAAAACUUGAGUCUUUGCGCACCUUAAUAUUAGCUGAUAACCUUCUGACACGUAUACAGCUAUCUACUGAUGAUGUCACUACUCUUUUCAAUGAAUCUGAUGAUGCAGAUUGGAGUGUUGUGGGUGUAAACAAAUCCAAAUUGAUUUUUCCAAAUUUAUCUAUGCUGGAUAUAAGCAAUAAUUGCCUCAAGGAAAUUCCUACUUCACUGCACGAGUUAAAUAGUCUGAGUGUUUUGAACAUAAGUGGCAAUGUGAAUAUUACCGAUCUUCCACCGCAUCUCGGCCUUCUUUCGCGUUUGUGGAAUUUAAACACACGUGGUUGUUUGCUUCAAGAACCUCUAAAAUCUAUGAUUGAAAGUAAAAAGUAUAAAACAAUGGAUAUUAUUGGUUAUUUAAAGUCAAUUUAUGAAAAUUCGGUUAUUUACGCUCGUAUGAAGCUAAUGGUAGUAGGUGUACAAGGUAUUGGAAAGACAACACUAUUAGAUCUCCUAAGACAGGGUGGUGGAUCACAGAAAACACGUGCUUCAGAAAAUCAUUGGACUAAACGUAUGGGUCAUAAGCGUAAUACGUCCAAAUUAAAUAAUAAGGGCAAUAUUUCGACGGUUGGCGUUGAUAUUGGGACUUGGGUAUGUGAAAAGCGCAAGAAAGCACCAGGUUCACAUGGACCAGUAAUAUUUCGAACGUGGGAUUUCGGUGGACAAAAAGAGUAUUAUGCAACACAUCAGUAUUUUUUAUCGAAACGCAGUUUGUAUUUAGUACUUUGGAAGAUAACUGAUGGACACAAAGGACUUUCGGAAAUUCUUCAAUGGUUAGGAAACAUACAGGCUCGCGCACCAAAUUCAGCCGUAAUUAUUGUAGGUACACAUUUCGACGCCGUCGGUGAAACUUUUUCAGCACAACAAGCAGAGGAAUUACAGCAAAUUAUACGUGAAAAAUUUAUUGCUAUACCAGAUGCAGAAAAAAUCGGACUGCCUCGUGUAAUUGACUCAAUAGAAAUUAGCUGCCGAACAAUGCAUAACGUACGUCUAUUGGCGAAUAUCAUUUACGAUACCGCCUUUAUGCUGCGUUCACCUGGGUCUAAAGAGGCGCUAUUGUUGCAAAAGGUACCUGCCACUUACAUUGCUCUGGAAGACAUAGUAAAUGUUAUUGCUGGUAAUUUACGCUCAGCUGGCGUUGAUCCUGUGCUUGAUGCUGAAGAAUAUCGUAAACUUGUCACGGAAGAAAUGCGCUUACAUAAUUAUAAAAGCUUCCGUGAUUCGGCCGAACUUAAUCAAGCAACAAUGUUUUUGCAUGAUAAUGGAGUGAUUUUACAUUAUGAUGAUGCAACACUACGUGAUUACUACUUCCUCGAUCCACAAUGGUUAUGUGAUAUGCUAGCCCAUGUGGUGACAGUACGAGAAAUUAAUCCGUUUGCUCGGACCGGCAUUAUGAAUAUGGACGAUUUGGGAUUGCUGUUCCGUAGCGAUAAAAUCCAGAGUAAGGAAAACCGAAGUUAUAUCGUAAGUCUGUUGAAUAAAUUUGAAGUUGCCUUAACCUGGGAUUCACGCACAUUGUUGAUACCAUCACUGUUACCUCAUCAUGAAGAAUGUACAGCUAAUGAGGGUACCACCGUUAAAGUUUUCCAACGAUCGCGUACUCGGAACUUGAAUAAAGGAUGUUCAAAUAAAAUAAAUGCGAAUAGUCUAACAUUCAAGUUACAUUCAUCGAAUAAUCUCUUUGGUUGCGAUGUGGGACUACGACGUAUUCUUUUAAUGACAUAUUUUCCUUCAGGAUUUUGGUCUCGCAUUCUAACCAGAUUGUUGGCCGACGAGCAAAUUAUGGAGGCUAUAAAAUCCAUGUAUUUACCUGAAAAUGACAAAAGCUUGGAAUUCAAUUUACGCACCUCAGUGGAGCUAGAUGCUAAAUGGACUUUAUGGCAAACAGGCGUUUCUUUGUACAUAGGAACAAUUCUCCUUUUUAAAAUAUGGGAAGUCCCAUUUACUGCCACUGCUACAACUCAUUUAUUUCGAAAUUCUACACAUCGUUUUAAACUGAAAUUAGAUGGUGUGUGGAGCGAUAUAAAUUUAUCGUCUUCAAGUAUAUUGGAGUUAUAUUUUCCACUAUUUAAUAUUGAUGUUUACAAGCAAACAUCAUCUGACGAUACAGUAUUAGUUACACAAAUUGAACCAAAUAUGUCAGUGGUUGCAAAAUUAUUGGCGCUUGUUGUAGAUCAUAUAGACUUAUUACUUGAAGAUUGGUAUCCAGCGCUGGGUACACGAUUUGUUCAUACAUCAGAAGGACGAUUUUUAAUUACUCGCCUCGCUUUAUGUCCAAAAUGCGUACAAAAACUAGUGAGUGACAACUGUAGACAAGCCAAUUAUGCUGUUGGGAGUGGUGGUGUUUCUGAAGAGAGUUAUAAUGCCAACAAAAAUAAGUUUUGUAAUCAACGUAUUCUGAAAUUGAAUGAAAGUUCUGAUGAAAGUAGAAUGAAUUUGUUCUCACCAUAUGUUAAUACUACGGAGCGGUGUGAACGAGCAUCAGAAGAUUCUCUUUACCAUUCGGAUGCCGACUCAGGCGUGGGACCUGAUUCUACAUGUUCCUCUCGGAAUACAUCUAUUGACGGGCAUCCUAUUUAUAAUCUGCAGGAAGAAAUAAGUGUGUGUUAUUGUUGGAUGGUAGAGGAAUGUAUUCUUUCUGUAUAUAAUGAGACAAAGAUCGUUUGCCCCGUUCACUUGGAUAUGCAAAUAAAUUGGUUGGCUCCCGAUGUAGUAUUUGCUGAUAUACCUGAACGUUACAGCAUAAAUUCGGAUGAUAUUAUUAAAGGUACUCUUCUAGGCCGCGGAGCAUUCGGUUUUGUAUUCAAAGCAACUUGCAAAUUAAAAUCUGCACGUAACUUUAAAGCUGUAGCUAUGAAAAUGUUGCAGCCGGUACCACCAGGACCCAGGGCCAAAGAGAGCGCUUUAAUGGCAUACAAAAUUGCUUUGGGAAAAUGGGAUCGUGAUCCCCUUCAACAUUCUUGCAAGGCUUACUGUACUGCACGACAAGAAUUAGCUGUACUUCUUACUUUAAAACAUCAAAAUAUUGUUCCCUUGGUGGGUAUUUGCAUAAGGCCUUUGGCUUUGGUGUUAGAGCUUGCCCCAAUGGGUGGUCUUGAUUUGAUUUUACGCCAGUACCGACGAAGAGGUGCACAUGUUGGACCGCACACGUUCCAGAUAUUGGUUUUGCAAGCUGCACGUGCCAUUGAAUACUUGCACAGACGACGCAUAAUUUAUCGAGAUUUAAAGUCAGAAAAUGUGCUUGUUUGGGAUUUUCCAGAUCCACAUAGUGAAGACACACCGCGGAAUACUGUUCAUAUAAAGAUUGCUGACUAUGGUAUAAGCCGUCAAACAGCUCCAAAUGGAUCGAAGGGUUUCGGUGGUACUGAGGGUUUUAUGGCACCUGAAAUUAUACGUUACAAUGGUGAAGAGGAGUAUACUGAAAAGGUCGACUGCUUUUCAUUUGGAAUGUUUAUUUACGAGAUUAUUAGCUUACGUCAACCUUUUGAAGGCUACGAGUCUAUAAAGGAAUGCAUACUGGAAGGUAGUCGUCCACCUCUUACUCAGCGAGAAACGCAAUUUCCCACGUAUUGUCUUGAUCUUAUGGUUCUCUGUUGGGAUGAAUUGCCAAAAAGACGUCCAUCAGCUAGUCAAAUUGUAUCAAUACUUAGUGCUCCUGAGUGUAUACACUUGUUGGAUACAAUAUCUCUACCUCACAACGAAAAGGUGGUUUGCGGUAUUUUUAAUGUUUUUGCAACAAAUGAGGAUGGAACAACAGGUUUUGAGAUUUGGCUUCCUUCCUACAAUUCACGCAUCGACAUUGUAGAUGUUUUGCCAUCUGGUAAUUUCUUACAGGGCAGUACUAUAUUUUGCGUGGAUCGUAUCCAAAUGGAUAAUUCCCCUCGUUCAGAUUUCAGCAAUAGCUCAAAAAGUAGUCGUUCACGUUCCAAUUCACGUCAGCAUAAAAUUAAUAUGAUUUGUUGUUGUAUUAUUGAAGAUUGUGUUUGGAUCGGUGAUACGAUAGGAAAUAUACAUUCCUACAGUAUCAAAAGCUAUGAGCACACUUUUACUUACAUGUUGGAUCCAGUUAUUAAGUCUCCAGUUAUAAGCCUAGUAUAUCUUCGUAACAUUGAACGUGUUGCUAUUGGUUUACACAAUGGUCGCGUUUUUUUAGUAGACUCUACGAAAAUACCAACAAAUUGUGCAUUUGCUGAAGGUACAUUCGUACUUACUGAAAUUUGUUCCGGUCUUAUAUUACAUAGUGCAUGUUCCGUGAUUAUUGAUAAUGAAUAUGAACUUUGGUGUGGUGAAAUAGCCGGUAAAAUUAAUGUAUUCCCGCUGAACAAGAGCGGAGUUUGUGGGCAUCAGUCAUUAUGCCAUAGUGAUGAACCUAAUAUUAUUGAAGAUGUAAAAGUCGCACGUAUGUUCGCAACAGAUGACUUUGUGUUUUCUUGUCUUUAUCCAGGUUUUAUUGUAUAUCAAUGGAAUGUAUAUAAUAAACGAAUCGAAAAUAAACUAGAUUGCUCUAAACUCUUGCCUUGCUCGGAAUCUUUGAAGAGCAUAGCUAUCGAUGAGCAUUUAAGUUUGGUUAAAUGUCAGAUAUCAGCAUUGGCUUCCCAUAGUAAUGAAUUGUAUAUCGGUACAACGUGGGGUUGUCUCAUAAUCACCGAAUUGAAUACGCUGAGGCCGAUUACCGUUUUUCGUCCAUAUGAAAACGAGAUAAAAAGUAUUAUUACUGUGCCUCAUCCAAAUUUCCCAUUAAUAGCAACUAUUGGUCGGCGCUAUCGUUCUUUGAUCGCACGAUUUAUGGAUAUAGACAACUCUCAGGAAGGAAUCAAGCCUACAAUUUAUGAACAAGGGAGUGAAGUACGUUCGUCAUUUCGGGAUAUUGAUAACCAUAUUCAUGUUAUGUUGUGGAGAACUAACAACUGGGCAUAGUUAAAAACUUAGUCAACAUACUUAUAUAAUUCCACAAAAACUCAAAUAUCUUUACUAUAUAUAUUUUAUUUAUACUCAUCCUGUAUACACAUUGUAAUACAAAGA